UUUGAAUUAAUUGCUUAGUAUGUAGUAAUUCCCGAUAGGGAUAGCUAGCACAGUAGUGAUAUCCUGGCUGUAGAGAUAUGGAUUAAAUUGAUUAGAAUGUGUGAAUUAAUCUGGAUAGGAUAGGUAGUGAAUCCCGGUGUUUCUCCCAGAGUUUUCUCCCAUUGAUUUAAACCCGACACUUUAAUUUGCUUGUUCUGUUUAAUUACUUUGCUAUUAGAUCAUAGUUUCAUCUCAUUAAACAUUUUCACAUAUAGUUUGCUCAAUAAAAAUUGAUAGAACUUAAGGUUGUACCAGUCCCUGAGAGACGAUACCCGAACUUUCCGGUUUACUACGAGAUAGGAUUUAGGCAUUACGCUUUUGCCCUAUCAAUCUCCAGGAAACCGGAUUCAGCAAUGGAGGUUUUCGAUUUGUUGCCCAGGAGGGUCAAGCGGACUUCGAAGCAGUACUUGGUUUUGGUUGAUGGGUUUGUGAAAAGUAAGAGGUUCGAUGGGGUGAAAGCUCUGUUUUAGGCAUUGAAAGCUGAUGGCAAGUACCCUAGCCGUGCAAUGUUGAUGGCUUUGCAGGAGUUAAGAGAGGCGGGAUUUGUGGAUGAAACAGUUCAGCUCCGAGAAGGAAUGCUCCCUGAUGAACGGAUCAAAAGCAUUGUUUCUUGCGAGGAUAAUUAUGAUGAGGACAGUGAUGAGAAUGAAGAUGAAGUUAUCAAGUUGAAACCAUGGUUAGAUCCAAAAGCUUUAGCAGAUGCUUUGAGUAAAUGGAGCCCUGAAGUUGUGUCAACUUUGGAAGAUGCAAAAUUCGUCUGGACUACUCGUUUGGUUUGUAAGAUCCUCAGAAACUUGAAAUCUCCUGAAACAGCUUGGGAUUUCUUCUGUUGGGCUGCUUAUCAGUCAGGAUUCACUCACGAUGUUUACACGGUACAGCGAAUGGUAACAAUAUUAUCCCGGCAUGGGAAGGUUGAGCGGGUUGAUUAAUUCAUAGCAAAGAUACAAAAUGAAGGGAUGGAAUUGCCAUUUAGUACCAUCAGGUUGAUAAUCGAGUUCUAUGGUGUUUCAAAGUAUCUGGAUGCUGCUUUAAAGAUCUUCCAUGAGGAUAGAUUACUUUGUAGUUACAUAAACGAAUUCAACUUGAUGAUUAUGUAUUCAGCCCUCUUGCGAACUCUGACCAAUUGCAAGAGAGAUCCUGAUGCUUUGGAUGUGCUUGAAGAGAUGCUCAGUUGUGGGAUAUGCCCUGAUAGUCAAACAUUUUCUGCGUUGAUGUACCAUUUCGGGUUACAAGGAGAUGUCAAGACAGUGCAGAAACUAUUUAUGGCUGUGAGACAAAAUGGUGUUGCUGUAGAUGGUACAUGUACUAAGUACUGAUCCAAGCUUAUUGCAAAUGUGAGAUGGCUGCUCUUGGUUUAGAGUUUUUGAAGACAUGAUGAACUCGAAUCUGAUGCCUGAUUUGGCUACUAAGGAUUUACUGGUGAAGAGUCUUUGGAAGAAAGGAAAAAGAAAAGAGGCAGCUAGUGUUGUGGAAAGCUGUGAAAAAAUUAGCCUAGUCCCCCCACUUGUGUUGAGAGGACAUUUAUGGACAGUGAGCGGUGCUGAUCUCACUAGAGUUUAUGAACAACGAUAAUAGGCUGUGAAGGUGAAGACAAGGUGCCAGACUUCCUGCACCAAAUCAUGUAGAUUAGAUAUCACAAAGACAGCCGGCAAAAAGGAAUUUGCUGCCCUGUUUUGAUCAUGAUACUGUUCUCUCUGGAGGUCAUUGUCAAGGCAGCCAUCAGCUGCGGAACUCAAAUUCUGUAGCUCUUAAAAUAUAGAUUUCAGGAAAUGUCUAAUUUAUUGGGAGGACAGAAAGCAACAACACACGAUAAUGACGGCAAGCAGCUACAUUUCACAAUCAUCUCGAAUUUGGUAACAGCUCAUUUAAGCUCAAAAUGGGGUUGAACACAACUUCCAAACCUUCAACCAUGUCGGCCAUCUCACAACUGAUCUUGCUUCUUCUGCUCCUAGGUUGUUCCACUGCGACUAUCGUCGUAUCUCAGACAGCCACCAACUUCUCCUGCUCUCGUUCUGGGGAACCUACUCACCCUUGCAAGACAUAUCUAUCUUACCAUGUCCAGUCACCAAACUUUCUAAACCUUGGUAGCAUCUCUGAUCUCUUUGGUGUCAGCCGCCUGUCAAUAGCAACUGCCAGCAGCUUGGCCUCCGAGGAUUCAACAUUAGUUCCGGACCAGCUCCUGCUUAUCCCUGUAGAGUGUGGAUGCACAGGCAACAAUUCCUUCGCCAAUCUCACUUACCAAAUCAAAGGAGGCGACAAUUUCUACUCGGUCUCCGUCACGCCACUGGAGAAUCUCACCAACUGGCAACUCGUUGAAGCAUUAAACCCUGGCGUGACUCCAACCCUUCUCCAUCCUGGUGAUCAAGUCACAUUCCCUCUACUCUGUCAGUGCCCUUCCAGGAUGCAGAUCGACAACGGAAUCGAGUUUCUCAUCACUUAUGUCUUGCGGAUAGAUGAUACUCUCAAGUCUGUUGCUGAGAAGCUGGAUUCAUCAGUCAACGAGAUUCUGCUGGCAAACAACUACAUGAAUUUCAGUGAGGCGAUCAACCAUCCAGUUCUGGUCCCAGUCACUAGCUUACCUGUUCUCAAGUCGAUGAAUCCAUCUUCGCCGAAAACAAGGGAAUCAAAGCUACAUUGGAUCAUUGUUAUAGUUGCAACCACUAUUUCCGCUCUUGUGAUUCUCUAUCUAGGGUUUGUCUUUGGUUGCCGACGAAGCAGCAGCAACAAGAGGUUCCUCCUGGUGCGCAAGAACUCGAAUCUAGAAACUGAUGAGCUGAUGAUGCGACAAGCCAAGAAACUCAAGCAGAAGAAGGUUGAUUACCUUCCAGGAGUUUCAGGGUAUCUAAACAAGCAAACCAUUUACGACGUGAAUACGAUCUUGGAAGUUACAAUGGAUCUCCAUGACUGUUACAAGAUCGGAGGUUCAGUCUAUAGAGCCACCAUUGAUGGGCAGGUGUUAGCUGUGAAGAAGUUCGAAGGGGAAGCAACUGUAGAGCUGCAGAUUCUGCAGAAAGUCAACCACGCUAAUCUGGUGAAGCUGAUGGGGGUUUCAUGCGAUCAAGAAGGAAACUUCUUGUUGGUCUAUGAGUAUGCAGAGAAUGGUUCGCUAGACAAGUGGCUGUUCAGAAAAUCUGCACCAUCCUCAUCAUCAUCUUCAGGAUCUUUAUCGUUCCUUAGUUGGAGCAGAAGGGUGCAGAUAGCAUUAGACGUGGCGAAUGGCUUGCAUUACUUGCACGAACAUGUUCAACCGAGCAGCAUCGCGCAUCGUGAUAUCAGGAGCAGCAACAUAUUGCUGGACUCAAAAUUCAGGGCGAAGGUGACGAAUUUCGCUUUGGCGAGAUUCGCAGAAGAGUCCAUAGCGCCGAAAGUCGAUGUCUUCGCAUUCGGGGUGGUUUUGCUGGAGCUGCUUUCAGGGAAGAAGGCGAUGGUGACGAAAGAGAGCGGCGAGAUUGUGUUGUUGUCUAAAGAAAUCAAGACUGUGUUGGAAGUUGCUGAGAAAAGGGAGGAAAAUUUGAAGAACUGGAUGGAUCCUAACUUGGAGAACAUGUAUCCCAUCGAUGGUGCCCUGAGCCUGGCGAUUUUGGCAAGGGCCUGCACUUUUGAGAAAUCUUCUGCUAGGCCAAGCAUGGGAGAGGUCGUGUUUAACCUCACAGUGCUGACGCAGUCGCCUCUAGAUGAUUCGCUGGAAGAGGUGUGGCCUACUAAGCUUGAUGCUGAAGAACUUUUGCAGAUCAUCAGUCCAGUUACUGCUCGUUAACCGCUG